AUGGUGAUCCGCAUCACGUAUCGCCCAGAAGACUGCCCCUUCAGCUCCUUUGAUGAGGUCCUUAAACCCAACUACAUCCAAGCCUUACUGCUCAAAAAGCCUAUCUUAAUUUCAGGUGAUUUAAGUUGUCUCAAGAAAACCUGCUCUGAAUUUAAAGCAUUGGAGAAACUUUACACCGAAAUGAACUUGCUACAACCACUUGAAAAGCCAACUAGGAUCACAGAAAAACACUGAAUCGUUGCUUGACGUGAUCCUAGUUAAGCCCAACACGCUUGUUCGGGACAGUGGGGUUUUACAUUGGCCCAUUAGCGACCACUCAAUCAUCUUCGUGAAACUCAAAGUUAAGCCGCCAAAACCUCCCCCCCCAGUUUGUAAAUGUCCGCAACUAUAA